AAAACAGUUCCGGCGUCUCAGCUUGAGCAACGGCCGCCCCGCCCCAUCAUGCGAGGGAUCUGGAGCCAAGCGAUUACCCUCGCGGUAAUUCUACAGAUCGCUCUAAUAUCGGGCAAAGCAUUGAUACAACAUAAUCAACAAACACAACAGCAGUUGGAUAAUAGACAACAGAAUGUAAAUGCUGCACAGAAGCGCGUCGGGUACGAUUAUCCUGCACCCCCACACGAUCUUAUCAAUCCCUUCCAGGAUCAUGAUGAUCUCCAUGCUCACGGCGAUCAUCACGAGGUGAUCGAUAACGAUCAUCACGAUCACGAGCACCACGAUCACUACGAUCAUCACGAUCACGACCAUCACACCGAACCCUAUGAUCAUGUAGAUGACCAUCAACAUGUCGAGGAGCAUCACCAUGAAGAGCACCAUGAAGAUCAUCAUGAUCAUCACGACCACCAUGAUCCCGGUUAUUGGAAGAAAAAGCUAAUAUGGAAGCCAGGAUGGAAAAAGAUCUGGAAGCCUGCUAAGAAACAAAUUUGGAGACCAUCAUGGAAAAAGAUAUGGAAGCCGGUUUGGGUGCCCACUAAAAUUCCAGUUUGGAAAGAAAUUAAAGUACCCGAUUGGAAAAAGAUACAUAAACCAGAAUGGAAGCCUAUAAAAGUACCAGCUUGGAAGGAAGUUAAAGUUCCAGAUUGGAAAAAGGUAACAGUUCCAGUGUACAAAGAUAUAGUAGUACCAGGGUGGAAGGAUAUUCAGGUGCCUGCAUGGAAAAAAAUAUUUGUACCUGAAUGGAUUAAGGUAGGUGUUCCUGGUGAGAAAUAUUUGGGCAAGGAUCACGAGGGCUGGGAGUAUACAUCACACGACCUCUGGAAGAAAAAGCUAAUUUGGAAGCCAGUCUGGAAGAAAUACUGGAAACCUGCCAAGAAGCAAAUCUGGAUUCCCGACAAAAAACUGGUAUGGAAAGACGAAUGGAAACAAAUUUGGAGAACAGAAAAGAAGCAGAUUUGGAUUGAUGAUAAAAAAUUAAUCUGGAAGGAAGCUUGGCAACAAAUUUGGAAGCCAUCGAAGAAACUGAUCUGGGUACCAGAUAAAAAAUUGGAAUGGAAGCCAGCUUGGAAACAAAUUUGGGUUCCCGAUUGGAAGCAAAUUUGGGUACCAGGCGUGAAAAAGAUAUGGAGGCCCGUUUGGAUAUCAGAAUGGUUCCCUUCGCCUGAUCAUCAUGAGCACGUUCACGAAUCCCACGGUUGGGACAGAAGCGACAAUAAGUCAGGGAAUCGAAAAUCAUUAGCGCAGGAAGCAUCUAAACAGCUGGCACCUAAGCAGUCAGAACAGACGACGUGGCAGUUCCCUAAAUAGACUUGCAUGCAUGUACUGUACUUGUAAAUACUUAAGGUCGUAUAAGUUCGAUUUUGGGCAGUUGUAUGUCCCCGUGGACUUUCGGCCCGAGCUUGGACAGAUGACCCAAAACUUCGAAAUGACUGUAAGGGACACAGGAAAAUUAAGGAUAAUUGUAUCGCUAAAAUAUAGGUAACAUUUUAAAUAUUUGAAGCUUAUUAAAGCUAUGCGAAUCUAUAAAUAAAAAUAGCGAUGCGAUUGGGCUUAAUGGAUUGUUCUUGUUCAAGCUCUUCUAUGAGAAGCUUUAAACAGUCAUUAAUUAGUUACCAUAGCGAUAAGUCUGAGUGUGUCUGGUUUUAAUAAGCAGCACUACCUGUUUGUACAGGUGAAGUCUGUUCUGUACCCACUGAUUUUGUGUAUUGUUGAUAUUUGUAUAUUGUUAAGUUUUACUAAGUAUUUCUUAGAAUAAAGCGGAGCCAAUGAAAUAUAAAAUAAAUGUUUAAUGAUAUA